UCUUGAAUACUGACGUGCUUCUCAACCAAUAGGAGGCCAGAUCUAAAAGUAACAAGUCCUGCCUUCGCGGAGAAUGCCAGAGAUAGUCUGUAAUGGCGACAGGUUUGCCUCGCCAGCUGAUAUGUUAUAAAAUGGUUUGGGAAGUAAAACCUCAGUCAAUCCCUCAAAGAGUUCACGAAGUUCAAGCACAGAGUUCAGGUAUGGACGAGACCUUUGACCUGCUCAAGUGCAACGAGCACCUGCCCUCCUCACCUGGCUGCCCGUCCAAUGAGAGCCACAUGGAGUAUGAUGACCUGCCCGAGCUGCAGGAAGUGCAGGAUGACCAGACGACACAUGGCGUGUUCCAGGUGGCCCCAGGUGUGUCACAUGAGGAGGGGCCAGGUGAGGGGCGGAGCUCCAGCGCCUCAAAUACAAACUGGCUUACAGAGUUGGCCAACAUUGCAACUAGUCCUCAGAGCCCCUUACUCCAGAACGCCCCACAUAACCGGUCUUCUCCCGUUCACAUCUUCACCAGCAGUAGCAGUUUACAUUCCUACGCGAGACCUCCGUUGUCCUCCAGCAGUGCUCCCAGCCCCGCCCGCAGUCACAUGAGGGAACGCCGACGUACCAGAGUACGACCAUCACCCAUCCUAAUCACACGAACACAUAAUUUAAAGGCAAGUAGUGAAUCUGAAUCGGGCAUCUUCUGCAUGUCGUCUCUAUCUGAUGAUGAUGAUCUGGGUUGGUCUCAUUCUUGGCCCUCCACUGCUUGGCACUGUUUUCUGAAAGGAACGCGUCUGCGGUUUCAUAAAGGUCUGAAUGUGGAGUGGCAGGAUGCUGAAGAUGUGUUAGAGUCUGAUGAUGAUUCUGAUGAUGAAGGACGAUCACAAUCUAACCCAAUAAAGAGUUACGGCUCAGAAGGUCUAAAGCUGGUGGCUUUGGAGGAGACUGUGUCUUUCGGCCAAUCUGCCCUGAAAUUAACAUUUGACCCCGGUUCUCCUGAAGCAGGACUUCUGACUGCUGAGUGCAGAUUGGACCAUCCAUUUUUCGUAAAGAAGAAGGGAUGGUCUUCCUUUUGUCCGAGCCUCACCGUCGUCCAGCACGGCAUUCCUUGCUAUGACAUGGAAGUCGGAGACUUGUGCCUGCCACCGGGACACCCCGAUGCCAUUAAUUGUGACGAUUCAGUGGUUUUUGACACUUUUAGGAGUUAUGACUUCACUCCUCUGGACUCGUCCGCCGUGUAUGUUCUCAGCAGUAUGGCACGCCAGCGUCGGGCCUCCCAGUCCAGCGGCGGAGCUGUCAGUCCUGAUUGUGACAAACUGGAGGCCUCCGCCCAUCACUCCCCCAGCAACAAAUCACAACGCAGCCACGCCUCGGGGAACUCCGCAGCCACGCCCACAAAGUGCAAGCGGCCAAUGAAUGCCUUCAUGCUAUUUGCCAAGAAGUACAGGGUGGAGUAUACGCAGAUGUACCCGGGCAAGGACAACAGAGCGAUCAGCGUUAUUCUGGGCGAUAAAUGGAAGAAGAUGAAGAACGAAGAGAGGAGGAUGUACACCAUGGAAGCGAAAGCUUUAGCCGAGGAGCAGAAGCGACUCAAUCCCGACUGCUGGAAACGCAAGAGAACUAACUCGGGUUCUCAACAAAACUAGCCAGAUGGAAACAUGAACUGGAGACGGACGCUGACCUUCAUUCUUUAGCAAGAAUGAUAACCCCCAACUGUGAUGCUUAUACGGACUUGCUUUAGAAAAAAAAUCAUUACAAAUAAGCAAUUUAGUAAGAAGAAUACGAAAACGUAACAUUGAAAUGAUACGUAACGAAAGGUAAAUCAGAUAAACGCAAUAUUUAAAUGUAAUCCUGUCAACUAACAUUGCUUAUGUAUUUUUUAUAUCCUUUUGGAAAUGUCGAAAAUGCCUUAUUCUUCCAAAGCAAAACAACUUUUUCAGGUAAUUUCGUAUUUCUAGGCUUGAAAAGUGCAACCCUGUGGUGCUAUUACUGAGGCAGAAGAAGCGAUAUAUAUAUACAAACAAUGUCUAUUUUUAAAUGUAAAAAGGGGAAAUUGUAGACGUUAGCUUGUUUUUCUGCCGUAUAUAAUAUUAAUUAUAUUUGUAUAACUCAACUUAUUGCACAGACUCAAAUGUAUUGCAAACGGACGAACGCUGAUUCGUCGGCGCAGCUGGAAAAGGGUUGAAUUUAAUGUGACAUCAAUCCAGCCUAUGCCAUAUUCAGUGUAUGUGUGUGUGUGUGUAUCCGUUCAGCCAUAUUGUACACGGAUAGUCACACAUGUACAGACACACACACAGAUCCUGUCAUAUACAGCACUUCAGGGCCAUGCCUUCACUGUAAGUGUUCUUGUUUUUGCACUUUAUAUCCAUAUAUAUAACCUUAUACAACCAAUAAAUGUAUACAAGCUGAAAUGUUGUGUAAAAAUAUAUAUAUCUUGAUAAGAUGUCUCCUUUGACACAAUCAUGGUCAAACUCGGCAAACUCUUUGUGUUUGUGCUUUGUGGAUUGCAUUACGAAUACAUGUUAAUAUUGUACAGGUCCACGUUUCCAUCCAUUUCUUGCACAAAUUACUCUUGUAUCAUAUUAUAAAUAAAAUUUUAAACUUGCUUCCCUAA